CUUAGGUAUUACCUAACCUGGUUAUCUCGUUGAUAGUAGUCAUUCAACUUUGACCAUCCGGUUAAAUGGCGACGAUAAUACCGCUCCGUUUAGUUCUACUUGAAACCUUGAAGUGUACACUACGUAACAAGUUGAAUUAGUCAAGAUGGGAGAUGAAAACACCAUCCAAACGGUUAUCGCCACGGACAGGGCUCUCAUCGUGACCUUCGGAGAUGGAAAGUCAAUCAGAUUCGAGGACUGUUGGCUUAGAGACCACUGCAGGUGUUCAUCUUGCUACCACGCCAGCACUUUCCAGAGAGCACAUCAUAUUCUAGCCAUCCCUGAUGUUACUAUUAGUAGUUAUGAAUUUGAUAAGACGAAAAUUGAUAUUAAAUGGAGUGACGACCACAAAUCGACAUACGCAGCUGAAUUCCUAUCACAAUUCGAUUAUACCACUUGGAAGGAAAGUCGUAAACUGAAGCCUAUUCUAUGGAAAGGAGCAAGUGUUGAAAGUAAAAUCGCAACAGUACCUGUGGAUAAAUUUUUGACAACUAAAGAUGGCGCUAGAAGCGUUUUCAAGUCACUACUUGAUUAUGGCGUGGUUUUAAUAACAGGGGUUGAAGCUACUUCAGAGGCUACAGAAGAGGUUUGCAAAGCUCUGGGUGGCGUUCAACACACAAUCUUUGGAGGAAUGUGGGAGUUCACCACGACUUUGGACCAUGCAGAUACCGCUUACACUAAUCUACCUUUAGCCGUCCAUAAUGACAACACGUACUUUACUGAAGCAGCUGGAUUACAAAUCUUGCAUUGUAUCAAGCAUGCUCAGGGCACUGGUGGUGAAACGUUACUGGUAGACGGAUUCUUCGGUGCACAAGAACUGAAGAGAGAACAUCCAGAAGAUUUCGAAUUUCUGUCAAAAUUUAAUCUGGAAGAACAAUAUAUAGAAGAAGGACAUCACCACACUUAUUCUGCGCCUGUUAUCAAAUUGGACAGUGAGACACAAGAACCAGUUCAAAUUAGGUUCAACGUGUAUGAUCGCUCUCCGAUGGCUUUCAAAAGCAGCGAGGAAUGCCGGUCAUACUAUCGUUCCUUGAGAAAUCUAGCAAAAUACUAUGAAGAUAAGGACAAUCAAUGGCAAUUCAAAUUGAAACCGGGAACUGUCAUGGCGAUGGAUAACUUCAGGGUUCUUCACGGUAGAACAGGAUUUUCUGGCAGCAGAGUGCUUUGUGGCAGCUACGUGUCCCGGUCUGAUUGGUUGGACAAAGCAAGGAGUUUAGGACUUAUUCAAUGAUGAAUUAAGAAAUAUAUUUUCAUAAAAGUU